GUGCGAGGGAGGAAUGCCAACCCCUGAGUCACAGGCACCCCCUCCUCCCUCCCCUGCCGGGAUAAAGCUUGUCCUCACCUGGGAUCCAAUCUCACUUAUCGCGGUUCCCACCUUUCCUCCCUGCCAGCCCCCCCCGGGAGGGAGAGGCGGCAGCUCCGGGACAGCGAGGGGAGUGAGAACAAAGUUGAUAUUUGACUGGAGGGUGCAGAAAUCAGCAGGGAGGUAUGUGGGAUUACGGGCUGCCUGCCCUCCCCGCCGGACUGGAAGUUGACGUUUAACCGGAAAGAGAAAAGGGACAGAAAAUAGAGAGGAGGGAGGAAAAAAAAAAAAAAAAAAGAAGAAAGAAAAGGCCAAAGCUGGAAAUCAAGUCGCAGCAGCGAAGCAACGCGUUCCCCCUCUGCCUUCGAAAGAAUUUCUUGGCUUGGUGUGUGGGUGCCUGUUAUUCGGGCUGCAGCAGAGGCUUUGGACACUGAGUCAGACCCAGCGCUAAUGAGGAGGAAGAGGAUGGAUGUGCUGCCACGGGUGCGUGCUGGGCUGCUCCUCCUGUCCCUGCUCUGUGCCACCGGCCUCUGCCAAAGGAACAAAAAUAACCACUGUGUGCUGUCCCGGGCGAAGAGCUGCACUGAGUGCAUCCGAGUGGAUAAGGACUGCUCCUUCUGCACUGACGAGAGCUUUGAAGAGUCUCGCUGCGACUUGCGGGAGAACUUGCUGCGGUACGGCUGCGGGGAGGCCAGCGUCGUGUACACCAGGGGCGAGAUGCGGACCCAGAAGAAUUUCAGUAUCAACACAUCCCUGCAGAGGACCCAGGUGUCCCCCCAGGGCAUGUUCAUGCGGCUGCGAGCUGGGGAGGAGAUGAGCUUCAACAUGGAUGUCUUCCAGCCCUUGGAGAGCCCUUUGGAUCUCUACAUCCUCAUGGACUUCUCUUACUCUAUGUCUGAUGAUCUGGACAACCUCAAAAACAUGGGCCAAAACCUAGCGGAGUUCCUGCAAGCCCUGACCUCCAAUUACACCAUUGGAUUCGGCAAGUUUGUGGACAAAGUCUCAUCCCCUCAGACAGACAUGAGACCUGAGAAGCUGCGUGAGCCCUGGAACAACGCGGACUCCCCCUUCUCCUUCAAGAAUGUCAUCCGCCUGACCGACAACAUCACCCACUUCAGCCAGAAGCUCAGGAAAGAGCGCAUCUCCGGCAACCUGGAUGCCCCUGAGGGUGGCUUUGAUGCCAUCUUGCAGACAGCUGUUUGCAAGGAUAAGAUCGGCUGGAGGAAGGACAGCACUCACCUGCUUGUGUUUUCCACCGAAUCUGCCUUUCACUAUGAAGCUGAUGGUACCAACGUCCUGGCAGGGAUCCUGGCGAGAAAUGAUGAGCAGUGCCACCUAGACACCUAUGGCACCUACGUGUAUGACACCAAGCAGGACUAUCCUUCGGUGCCCACCCUGGUGCGCCUGUUGGGCCAGCACAACAUCAUCCCCAUCUUUGCUGUCACCAAUCACUCCUACAGCUACUACGAGAAGCUGCACAAAUAUUUCCCUAUCUCUGAGAUUGGGGUGCUCCAGGAGGACUCUUCCAACAUCGUGGAGCUGCUCCGCACAGCCUUUGAGCGCAUCCACUCAAAGAUGGACAUCCGGGCUGACUUCGUCCCCAAAGCCAUGAAGACAGAGUUCACCUCUUUGAUGUAUGAAAAGACAGAAUCUGGCUCCUUCCACAUCACCCGUGGGGAAGUGGGCAAGUUCAACGUGCGCCUGAAAGCACUUGAGUACAUUGGUGGGCAGCACGUCUGCAGCCUCCCGGAAAAAGACCGGCAGGGAGUUAUCCACGUGAAACCCACGUCCCUGAGCGACAGCCUCAAAGUCACAGCCUCUGUCAUCUGUGAUGUGUGUCCUUGUGAGCAGCAACAAGAAUUUAAUUCACCCAAGUGCAGCUCCCGUGGGGACUUUGUUUGUGGACAGUGCAUCUGCCACCCAGGCUGGCGAGGGGACACGUGUGACUGCUCGCCGGCGUCGUCCCCCAACAACGAAGCCUGCAUUCGCCCCGGGGAUGUGGAGCCGUGCUCGGGCCGGGGCGAGUGCCUCUGCGGGAAGUGCCAGUGCUACCCCGAGGAGCUGACGCAGCGCUUCGACGGGGCGUUCUGCCAGUACGACAUCCUGCAGUGCCCGCGCACCUCCGGCUUCCUCUGCAACGAUCGCGGUCGCUGCUCCAAGGGCGCGUGCGUGUGUGAGAGCGGCUGGGAGGGUCCGGGCUGCGAGUGUCCCACCAGCAACGACACCUGCAUCGACAGCCAAGGGGGCAUUUGCAAUAACCAUGGGAGGUGCGAAUGCGGCAGAUGCAUCUGUGACAAGGCUUCUCUGUACACCAGCUCCACCUGUGAAAUCAGCUACUCCCUGGGCUUCCAGGCUGUGUGCGAGAGCAUCCGGGACUGCGUUCGCUGCCAGGCCUGGGGAACGGGCAACACUAAAGGGAACUGCAGCGCCUGCCACCUCCAGAUCCAGAUGGUGGAAGAGCUGAAGAAAGAGGAGGCCAGUGAGUACUGCUCAUUCCAGGAUGAGGAGGAUGAUUGCACAUACCACUACACCCUGGAGGGAGACCCCAGUGUCCUCCCCAACACCACCGUCCAUGUGCAGAAGAAAAAAGAGUGCCCACCGGGGAGCUUCCUCUGGCUCAUCCCGCUGCUCAUCUUCCUCAUCCUGCUCCUGGGGCUGCUGCUGCUGCUUUGUUGGAAGUUCUGUGCCUGCUGCAAGGCUUGUCUGGCCCUGCUUCCCUGCUGCGCACGAGGUCGCACUGUUGGCUUCAAGGAGGACCACUACAUGCUUCGCCACAGCCUCAUGUCCUCCGACCACCUGGACACCCCCAUGGUCCGCAGCGGGUCCCUCAAGGGUCGGGACACAGUCCGCUGGAAGAUCAACAACAAUGUUCACAAGCAGGGCUUCACUUCCCUCGCCGCCACCAACCCCAAAGAUCUCAUUCCCUAUGGGCUGUCUCUGAGGCUGACCCGGCUGUUCACGCAGAACCUGGUGAAGCCGGACACCCGGGAGUGCGAGCAGCUGCGCAAGGAAGUGGAGGAGAAUCUGAACGACAUUUUCAAGCACAUCCCUGGAUGCCACAAGCUCCAACAGACUAAGUUCAGGUUACAGCCCAAUUCUGGAAAAAGGCAGGACCACACCAUUGUGGACACAGUGCUCACUGCCCCUCGCUCAGCCAAGCCAGAGAUCAUCAAAGUGAUGGAAAAGCACGUUUCCCAUGAGGCUUUCAAUGACCUGAAGGUUUCACCGGGUUUUUACACUGUGACCUCAGACCAAGACGCUCACGGGAUGGUGGAGUUCCAAGAGGCCGUGGAACUGGUGGAUGUCCGUGUCCCGCUCUUCAUCAGGGAGGAUGAUGAUGAUGAGAAGCAGCUGCAGGUGGAGGCCAUUGAUGUCCCCACGGGCAUUGCAGAGAUUGGACGCAGGCUUGUCAACAUCACCAUCAUCAAAGAACAAGCCAGCAGCCUCAUCACCUUCUUGCAACCAGCCUACUCCCACAGCCGCUUUGAUAAGCUGGCCAAGAUCCCCGUCCUCCGAGAGAUCAUAGACAACGGGAAAUCCCAGAUCACCUACAGGACCCGGGAUCUCACCGCCAAGAAUGGCAGGGACUACAUCUUCACAGAGGGCGACCUGGUCUUUCAGCCCGGGGAGACCCGAAAGGAGGUGCAGGUCCCCUUGCUGGAGCUGACUGAAAUAGAUACCCUCCUACACAACUACCAGCUCAAGCAGUUCGCCAUCGACCUCCUCCAUCCCAAGUACGGCGCCAAGAUCGGCCGAUUCCCCCAGACCACAGUGACCAUCGCUGACCCAGAGGUCGUGGAUGGUGUCCCCUCGAUGACUGGCCUGAGCCAGGUCUCCCAGUCCCCCAAAGGCCGCCUGAGUGCUCCGCUCAAUCCCAAUGCCCAUGCUCUUAGCUCCAAGGAAAUCCGCUUCAGCUGGUUUCCUCCACCAGGAAAACCUCUGGGGUAUAAGGUAAAAUACUGGAUCCAAGGGGACCCCGAGUCUGAAGCCCAUCUCAUCGAUGUCAAAACACCAUCAGCAGAGCUGAGUAACCUCUACCCCUUCUGUGACUACGAGAUGCAAGUCUGCGCCUACAAUGCCAUGGGUGAAGGGGCUUAUUCUGACAUCAUCCACUGCUGCACACUUGAGGAUGUCCCCAGCGAGCCCGGCCGCUUGGCUUUCAAUGUUGUGUCUUCCACCGUGACGCAGUUGAGCUGGGCUGAGCCUGCAGAAACCAAUGGGGAGAUCACAGCUUACGAAGUCAGUUAUGGACUCGUCAAUGAGGACAAUGUACCCAUUGGUCCAAUGAAGAAGGUGCUGGUUGAAGACCCAAAGAAGCGCAUGGUGCUGAUAGAAAACCUGCGGGAGUCCCAGCCCUAUCGCUACAUGGUGAAGGCCAGAAAUGGUGCUGGCUGGGGACCUGAGAGAGAAGCCACCAUCAACCUUGCUACGCAGCCCAAGCGCCCGAUGUCCAUCCCCAUCAUCCCUGAUGUCCCCAUCAUUGAUGCAGAGGGAGGUGAGGACUAUGACAGCUACCUGAUGUAUAGUGCAGAUGUGCUUCGCUCUCCAGCUGGCAGCAAGCGUCCCAGUGUCUCUGAUGAUUCAGGCUCCAGGUGGAAAUAUGUGCAGUUGCUGGGAGAAGACUUGGAUCUUCGACGCAUCACCUGGAGGCUCCCACCUGAAACCAUUCCCCGCCUCUCUGGCAGCAGCCGCUUCUCCUCAGACACCGAGGGUCUCCUCCACGAGGAGGACGGCGACGUGGCUACUGGCAGCCUGAGGAGGAGCGGGACGCCCCGGCCCCAAGCAGAGAACUUACUGAAUGGCCGCGUGGACUUCUCCUUCCCUGGUAGCGGCAGCGGCACGCUGACCAGGACAACGAACACCAGCUACCACCAGCUGAGCCCACACAUGCAGCAGGAGCACAGGGUGAUGGGGAGCUCCUCGCUGACGAGAGACUACUCCACAAUGCUGAUGGGGCACGAUUACCCGGGGAGGCUCCUCCCUCCCAUCCAUGAAGAUGCUGGGAGGACAGUCCCCCGGCCCCGGGAUGUGGGUUUCAGGAGCAGGGCAAAGGUGAAGGGUUACUACCCCAGCACUGGCUUUCGGGACUCUAUAAUCAUGACUGAUGGGUCCGCAGGGAUUUGCAAGUACAUAGAUUCCAGGCUACCACUGGGCAUCCCCGACACCCCCACACGCCUGGUGUUCUCCGCCCUGGGACCCACCUCCCUGAAGGUCAGCUGGCAGGAGCCACACUGUGAGAAGGAGGUGCAGGGCUACAGUGUGCAGUACCAGCUCCUCAAUGGAGGAGAGGUGCACCGACUCACCAUCCCCAACCCCAACCAGAACUCAGUGGUGGUAGAGGACCUGCUGCCCAACCACUCGUACAUCUUCAAGGUGAAGGCGCAGAGUGAGGAAGGCUGGGGCCCCGAGAGGGAAGGAGUCAUCACCAUAGAGUCCCAGGUGGACCCACAGAGCCCGCUCAGCCCUGUGCCAGGUUCACCCUUCACGCUGAGCACACCCAGUGCUCCUGGACCAUUGGUUUUCACUGCCCUCAGCCCCGACUCCCUGCAGCUCAGCUGGGAGAGACCCCGCAAACCAAAUGGGUCCAUCUUGGGCUACAUGGUCACCUGUGAGAUGCUGCAUGGAGGAGGGGAGCCCAGGAAUAUCUAUGUCGAAGGAGACAAUCUGGAAACUACCCUGACUGUGCCCCACCUGAGUGAGAAUGUCCCAUACAAGUUCAAAGUACAAGCCAAGACCACCCAAGGCUUUGGGCCAGAGAGAGAAGGCAUCAUCACCAUCGAAUCUCAGGAUGGAGGCACUUUCUCCCAGUUUGGAGGACAGCAGUAUAUGAGAGAAGAAGUGUACACAUUCCCCACCGAAUACACCACCAAAACCAGCAUCAGCCAUUCCUCUCUGGAUCCCCACUUCACAGACAGCAUGCUGCUGACGACCCAACGAGUGGAGAGCGCCAGCAGCACCCUCACGAAACAGGUCACCAAAGAGUUUGUGAGCCGGACCAUGAUGUCCAGUGGGACCCUCACCAAACAGAUGGAGAGGCAGUUCUAUGAGGCCUGAUCCAGGGCAGGCUGCCUGCCAGCGGGACAUUUGUGUUCAGGUGGCAGGACUUUGUGGAAAGCUCCAAGGGUGCUUCAUCCAGACACUGCCACGGUGCCUGGGCAGCUCCUCCUGUGGGCAGAGACCCUCCAUGGCACUUCAAGCUCUGGACCUCUCCUUUGGAGCCCAGCGCACUCGAAGCUCUGGCACGGUUGGGUCAUCAGGUGUGUGCUCAUCCUUCAGAGCUUGCUCACCCUGUCCUGCUCUGUAGAGUCCACAGGGAUGUCUUCCAUGAACAAUCACCACUUACUCCAAUACCAUUCUUCAGUGCCCAUCCAUCCAAAUACAUCUGCCGACAUUUGGGUGUCUCGAUGGCUCUGGCCUCCCCAGAUAAAUGGAACAGCAUGAUUUAUUCUCACAUCCUCAGUUUUGAGAGGAUCCCAGCUGGCAACAUCCUGAUUUAUAGAGGGUCAUCAUUUCCAUCAUUGCUCCAGGGUCUCUGACAACUUGCCUGUCCAAUGGAGAUGGCUAUUUUGUUCUGUUUGGGUUCUUUACAUGAGAAUUGCAAGGUGGGGGUUGGGGGUAACCUAUGCUUUCUUACUGCACCUAUUUAUGUCUAUCUUUCGCUGCUAACAUUUGGUACCACGAUAGCAAAGUAUAGCCUUUCAUUUGUAUAGCAUUACUGAUGAUGGCCUCUGAUGCAUAUUUUUUUUUGCAUACGAUAUUGUACAGUUUUCGUAGUAUAUAUAUAUAAAUAUAUAUAAAUGUAUUUUAUUAUUUUAUAAAAAAAAAUGAGGUGGAUGAGAUCUGUGCUGAAUGUGGAGGCUACGCUGGGACUGUGGCUGCGGAGAAGCAUGAAUAACCGGAGGAAAUGAGUUAAGGGCUUGAUCCAAAGGCCACUAAACCCUGUGGAAAGCCUGCUGAUGAGCUGAUGGGUUCUGCCUUGAGCCUUGUAUCCUGCAGCACCAGGGACCCCAGCAGAAGGCUGCAAGCAGCCAGUGGCCCUCGCUGCACAGCAUCCACCAGCCGAGCGCUCCCCAGCCCCAGCACAGCGCAGAAGGGCUGGGGAUGGCACAGGCAGGGCUGCCUGGGAUUUCUUAUGGGGCUGAUGCGGAGAGCGUGAGAUUUUUGGGCAGAAGAUGUUGGGUAUUGUUUAAAAGCCCUUUUGCCCAACAGCAAUGUCCAUAAAGGGACAUGUGAUCCCUCAGUAAACACAAGGGAAGAGCAAGCCUGGGAGCAGCAGGCUCUCCAAUCAUCCUGAGUAAGUCUCUGAGCCUCCUUCGACGCUCAGCUUUAGCUGUCCUCGCACGGUGCUGGGUGCAGGGCUGAGCUGAGACCUUGCUGGGCCUUGUUUCCUGGCUCUGGGCACGAUGCCUGGUGUCUUGCUGCCCUCUGCCAAUGAGAACAACUGGGUUCCAUGUCUUGCUGAGCAGCGGCUUUCCCUGGCGUGCUUCAGCUGCCCGGGAGCCAGCGAGGAACCUGCCGCAAGGAUCCAGCCCACAGCAGCAGCUGCCACCGUUCUGGGUUAGAACUUCCAACCAAAACAGCAGCUGCCUGGUCUCCCUGGCACCAUCGCCUGCCUGAUCUGAUCUGAUGCUGGACCUUGGCUAUUUUAUUUGGGGAUUUUGGUUUUGGUUUGUUUUUGUUUUUUUUUUUUUUUUUUUUUUUGUUUGUUUUUUUUUGACUCAGAAGAAGAGUUGUCAGCACUGACACCACCGAGAGCUCCCUCUCCUCUUGGGGCUGUUCAUUUGAGUGGGACGGGUUGUACAUAUUUGAACCAAAGAUGCACAUGCGUGAGUAAUGUCCACAGGAGUCUCCAGAACUGCAGCUGGAGCUUGGUCAGUUUUGAACUUGGGCAAGAGACACUUCACCAACCCUGUGGUUUUACUGUGCCUUCAAGAAGCAGUUAUUUUUGCUGAGAAAGUACCAAUGGUGUUAGCCUGCCUGCUUCCUCUUUCCUGUCUCACCAGCGGGGUUGGGGUUUCCUCUCCAGCUGAUGCGUCUCCUCCUGCACUAGGACUCUGUGACCCUUUUCCUGUGCUUUGUGGUCCAGGGUAAAACACUGAAAACUGUUUAAAAAUGGAGCUCCCCUUCCAAGCAUUUUAACCAGACUUUCCUGUUAUCCAAGAGAAGAGCACAGCCCUUAGCUCCUGCUCACCAGCGUCUCAUGCCAUCCCCACGCACAAGGUGGCUGUGCACCUAAGCGAUGCCUCGCACGAAAACAGCGUCACUUUUUAAUUUUCAUCUGGUCAUUAGGGCUGGUGGUGGUUCAGUCUUUCCAAGGCGGAUCCAGCAGCCCGCUCUGACAGCGGCUCUUUGAUCAGAUGCCUUCCUAUUGCACUCAAUAAAUAUUUUCUCUAUUGUC